CACCACAAACAGAGAGAGAUUUGACCGAGGGAAAGAGGAUUUUAGAGAGAGAAAGGGAUUGUAGGUUUUCUACAAUCAGUGUUUUCCUCGUGCGCCACUUUAGAAAGAGAAAAUGCAUCAAACACAUUGUGGGGGAGAAUAUUAAACCUAGGGAAAGAGGAGUUCAGAGACAGAAAAAGAGAAGUUUAGAGAGAGAGAGAGAGGAGGGGGAAGUAUGGAGCGACCUGUUCAAAUGGCGCAGGAAUGGCUAGAGGGCUUGGGAGCCGAUCAAAGCGGCUCGGCUUAUGAUCCGGCCAAGCCUAAGCGGAACGAAUUCGAGCGGUUCUCCCUAGCCGGCUUGAGAGUCAGCCGAGCCGAACCAGGCCGGAUCAUCUGUCAUCUCACUGUGCCGAAACGCCUCGCGGAUGAGAAAGGAAAGUGGCACGCAGGUGCCAUAGCCGCUAUGAUCGACAACGUUGGAGCGGCCUCCAUUAAAUCUUGUGACUUGCCAAUAAAAGUGUCCGUUGAUUACAAUAUCUCAUAUAUUUCAACGGCUGAGAUUGGGGAGGUAAUGGAGAUCGAGGGUAAAGUUUUAGGGCACAAGGGGAAGCUAUCAGGGGUAAUGGUGGAAGUGAGAAGAAAAGGAAAUGGUGAAGUUGUGGCUCAAGGGCGCCAAUGGAUGAAGGCCACAAGUAGACUUUAAUUUUUCUCUUUUUCUAUUUUUAGAGCAUUUAUUUUCCCAUUUUCCUCUUACAAUUCUGCUCAAGUGAAUCCUGUAAUCUGAAUCUUUGUUGUGAUAAAAAUGUUUUGCUCUCUCUCACUAAAAUAAAGGUUUACCGUUGGAAUAAAGCUAUCUUCUUGUGU